CGCACGGCUAUUGUUAUAUCAUUAUCGUUCUCGUCGCAGGUCGUAAAGCGCGCGUAAUGCACAAGUCCGGCAUGCAACGCGAACCGAUUUUGUCGUAAAGUAAAGGGACAGAGUAUGGGCCUGGUGACACUCUGAUUCGAGCAACACCACCUACGAAUUUUUUUCCAUCGAUCACGAGGGAGUUGUGCGCGUGUGAACACGUGGGAAAUACGCGGCGGUGAGAUCUUCAGUGACCUUGGAUCUUGCAGUGUCAGAUCAUCUAAAAUUCAUUGAAAGUGGUUCAUCGUCGUCCUUUGAACAAAUAUCAAGAUCAGAGAUUUCCACGACGUUUAUCCAAAACUGUUAGAUCAUAUACUCAAAAGGCGUCGUCAUAAAUUGUUUAUUAAUUGUUUCUCAGUUGGUCAGCUGUUUAUCAUCUGUAAUUCGUCUGUUACCUGGUUUCAAUUGAAGGAAUCUCCCCCAACGUCAGUUCUAAAAUUCCGAAGAAGCUUCGUCAAAACUCUUGGACACACUCUUAUCAAGUCCCCUUUCUUCUCCCUAGUCUGGAUCCUUGGGUUCAGACACCAAUGAUGAAAAUAAAGCAAGACUCGUUGAACCGGCGGCAAACAAAGGAUUAAUCAUCAGGAGGAUUCUCUUGGCGUCUAAUUAAAACGAUUAGAAGUUUGGGCGUAAUUUUUCUGGAACACAAAGCUUGUCGCUGCUCUGUCGCGAAACCCUGAUAACAAUCAGAAAAUUUCUACCUGGAGGUGAAGGGAAUUUCAUAAGGGGUUCCAGGUGCUGUUUGCAAAGAUCCUUAAUAUACAGGAGGCUUGAGUGUUUUCUUGAGUGUCGGUAUUAGUUCUUCGUCAUUUUCUCACGUCGGUGACGUGCUGGUUUUUAUCGUGAGGAUACCAAUUUGUGAUACGCGGGCAGCUCCCUGUGAUAGGGUGGUAAAUUGUGGAAGAUACAUUCCUCCUUCCUAAGGAAUUGCGCCCGAAAGUGGAAGGAAUGCUGUAAAGAAAUUGUGGUAACAAGUGAUUUUUGUGACCCGCUCGCUCUUUUGGAAACAGCUACUUGAUCCUGACGGUAAGCUCUCGUGAUGGAUGUAUUCUGCAACUAAUCUUUUCAACGUUAUGAACAAAGUGCUUCCUAAUGUUCGGCGUAAUUGUUCGACGGUGGAUGGGGUCGUUCCGGCCGUAAAAAGGAUCUGGAAGGAUAUUCGAAUCCGUGUCCCUCAACAUAAUGGUUCAGCAGUAACGCAUACCAGGCUAAGGAUGUCCUCUAAGAGGAAGUCGCCACCAACGAAGUUAUCGGAGGGCGGGGGCGGUGCAGGUACAGUGGCGGGCGAAGAGGAAGAGGACACCACCUCGUCUUUGGCGGGUGCAGGUGGUGAGAUUCCAGAAGAGAUCACCUCCGUCAAUAUAGAGGAUUGUUAUCCACUACCAAGACCCGAUUGUGAGUCGUCUGGUUGUUCAUCUCCGGGGACAACGAGUGAGCCCGAGUUGAGGGACUCACCUUCUCCCUCACCGAAUUCCCCUCCAGCCACGAAAAGACAAAGGAUUCUGUUUCCGGCGAACCACGAGAAUCUCUCCUAUCACAACCACCACCACCAUCACACGAAUACGUCCUCUUCGUCGGGUGGUAUUCUGGAGCCAGCUAGUUCCUCGGAGUGUGGCUCUCCACCCACCCUUCUCAACGACACUUACUACCCUCAUCAUCAGAGCCAUCAUCUUCUCAAUAACAAUAAUACAGUUACGCAAAACAAUAAUAAUAACAACAACGGAACUGGUCCAACUGCCGCGGGAAGUAAGAGGUCGAUGGACGACGUUCUCAAGAGGCUCACGUGCAAAAUGAACAGUGGCUCCCUCUGUCUACAGGACGAAGCUAACAUCAGGCGGACACCCCCACCGGCAUCUACACCCACCAGUCAUCAUACAUAUAGUAGCAGCAGCAUAGCAAACAGUAUCGCACCCUCGCCAACCGGAGUCGGAAGGACGCAAAACUCGGAUACGGGACUCCAGGACGGAGCUGCGGCUUUGCAUAGGGUUCUUUGUGCAGAAAGUGUAGCUGAAAAGGAACGCAGGUUAUCAGAAAUGAUCCUGCAACUUCAAAUCAUUAGGGAACAGCUGCUUCAGCAGCAGGACCAAUCAAAGACUUAUCCUACUCACAUGUCGGUCGACUCCCAGAAACAAAUGGAGAUGCAGCGGUUACAAACAGAGCACUUGAAGCGGCAGCACAACAUCCAGGAGUUGCAGGCGCAAUUAACUAAAGGCCAGCUGAACAUGCCAGGUCCACAGUCGCUAAUGUUCCUUCCUCUCUUCGAGACACUGAGAGGCAUGCCCGUUCCAACGUCGAUGCCACCUCCGACGUCAACAGCGUCCACUGGAAACAAGCAUAUCAACUCCAUUGCCAACAUGAUCAGUAGUCAUCGAGAUGCUUCAAGUUGGGCUACGGCGCAUCUUGCCCAAAUGACGACGCAACUGGAGAAAGAAUCAUCUCCAACGCCCGUUUCCACGGCUACAACUCCAGCACCUACUCCACUUCCUGAUCCUGAUACGCCCUUGAAUCUGACAAAACCGAAAUCACUGUCCUCCGGCGCAAGGGCAUCCUCGUCUCCAGGAAGUGACACGCAAUCCAACGGGGCAGGAAGCAGUGGUCAUCAGGAGCAACCGCUGGCGGCUACUGCUCCAAAACUAUUUCAACCAGGACUACCAAUGCCGAGGAACUACCAUCCAAAUCUUCCUUACGGAGGACUUCCACCUCAUCUCAGUUCCCUCUCAUCGCCCAUGGGCAAGAUGUCAAAAGAUGAGUCAGCAAAUUCGGUAGCGCAAGCAGCAGCCGCUGCUGUAGAAAAGCACUUUGCGAUGCACGGACUUUACGGGCUUCCGCCGAGUUCGGGCGCAAUGCCACCGUCGCCUCAAACUCAACGAGCUGCCAAACACUCAUCCAAUCGGGAUGAGACUCCUCAGGAUGAUCAAGACUUCCUUACGGCGCCUCACAUGUGGCGAGAUUCGGGGUACAAGGUUCCGGAGGACGUCACGGAGAAAGCUAAAAUGGUGAGGCAGCAGAAAAGAGAAGGUGAGAAUAAACCACAUAUCAAGCGACCAAUGAACGCGUUCAUGGUGUGGGCCAAAGAUGAACGAAGAAAAAUCCUCAAAGCGUGUCCCGACAUGCACAAUUCUAACAUAUCUAAAAUACUGGGUGCUCGAUGGAAAGCAAUGUCAAAUUCCGAGAAGCAGCCUUACUACGAGGAGCAAUCUCGACUCUCAAAGUUACACAUGGAGAAGCAUCCGGAUUACAGGUACAGACCGCGUCCGAAACGGACCUGCAUCGUAGAUGGAAAGAAAAUGAGAAUCUCCGAGUAUAAAUCUCUAAUGCGACAGCGGCGGCAGGAGAUGCGGCAGUUAUGGUGUCGGGAUGGAGGUCCAGAGAUGGGAUUUCUGUCUCCAGUGAGCUCCGAUAUGAGUGCGCAUCACGCAGGAGCGGGCCCAUCCGCGAGGCCAUCGGUGUCACCACCGGCAACGAUGCUCAAUGGAGCGGGCCCUAGUUCGGAUCACCCGUCCUUCUACUAUCCUCAGGACAGUCUCUCGCCCACAGAUGUGAUGAACUUCUCUCCCGAUAAUUCGGGCUCCAUGGGCGGAUACGACGCGAGUCCGCGGCAUCACGACGAGGAUUGAACCGUGGCUCCGGGUCAGCCAAACAUUUGGCAACCCGGAGCAUCCAGACUCGCCCAUGAACUGUUCUGGUAACCAGGACGGACCAGGUCGACCAGGUCCCAAACGUUCCAGCUCCCCCAGGAGUCUAAUGUCGAAAAUAAUCGACAGUUAAUUUCAGACUUGAAUCUUGGUUGUGAUAUAUUAAAACGUUUAUCUCUGUGCCAUCGCGCGAGAUUAGCGGCCAGGUUUCCGCGGUGUCCUCGCUCAAGCGCCCCUAGGGUCGAAAAAUACUCAGUAGAUGUCACGGCGUAGACCUCGUCGUCCAGGGCUGCCUAGGUUGAUAGUUAAAAUGCUUUAGAAAACACUCUUUAAUAAUCAAAAGUGCAACCAAUAAGAAACAUACGUGUGAUAAGGUCCGGUCGAAGUUUAGGUGAUCCCGCAUCGGAUCUCUCUCGCAGGACUGUCGUGUCGAUCAAGGUCGGGUUAAAGUCAGUUAUUCAGGCCGCUGAUCGCGCCGAUGCGAUGGUCGGAAAGUUUUAGCAGACAAACGAGUAUAAAUAUAAGUAAGGCAAGACUCUUGUUCCUAUUCCUUCUAGUGUGUCUAUACUGCGAAUCAAUCGCACUCUAGGUUGUAUCAAACUGCAUACGUUGCUACAUCUUAAACAUGUACAUGCAAUUAAACUUCUUCGCCUACUCAUACUUAUUACCAAGUUAUACUUGCAUUUCCGCUCGCGGAGAGGAAAAUGAUCGGGUUAGGGCAAAUCGCCGACGAUUCCAUGCGUUUCGACUAGGGAUAGCCACAAUCUAAACACCUUGUACUUAUAGUAUUUUCAUCAUUAAUUUAUUGAACCUGACAAUUCUGAAAAGAGAGAUUAAUGUCGCGAAAAUGAACCGAAUUUGAAUGAAUCUCAGGCCCGUUUAUAGAUCAGAGAGAAAUUGACGAGAUAUUCUGGAAGGUGAUAUUAGACAAAUAUCCCAACAACUCUGACAUAGAUAACCAAUCAAGAACAAAUCGCAGUCAAAUAGAGACUUGAUUGGUUGGCUAAACGUCUGGGAUUAAAAAUUGAGAAAAUGAUUUCCUGCGGGCCUGAUCCGAGUGCAAGUAAAAAAGGAGAGAAAGAGGACGAGAGCAAGAGUGCGACAAUUUUAGCGAACUGUUACAGUUGUAAAAUUACGAGAUUGAUUAGUGUUAUUUAUUAAUGGAGCAUAGCCUAACAAUCAAAUUAUAUUAUAAAGACGUUGUAUUGUUUUUAAUAUCUCGAAGAGGAUCGUGUUACGUUUUUCUUUUUUUUUUAUAUCGUCGAAUGUUGUGUUCGUGAGAGUAAGCGAAUGGCCGAGCGAACGCGUAAGAGACAAAUUUAUUAGAAAGAGAGAAUAGAUAUCCUCGAUCCAUUAUCAGUAGUGUAAUGUCACGCUUUUCUUAUUUACCUUAAAUGACUUUGGCAUUCUUUAUACAGGACUGCCCAUUUCUGUAGUUAAACGCAAAUACACUUUUUACGAAAUGCACAAGUAUGAAAAAUCUAUUGAUUAGUACGCCACCGUAAAGAAUUUUAUUCAAAAUGAAGAUAACCGAGUAGUGACUAAACUUUCUUAUAACUGCACAUGCACAAAAUGAUUGAUUUUCGUUUCAUGUAUUGUACAUGAUAUAUGAUACUUUCGAUUAUUUCAAUAUAAAUUUAAAAAGUUGUUGUUUUUUAAGUUUCUCAGAUAAAAAAUGUCCUACUUUUGUUAGAAAAAGUAUCGAGUGUGGCAGUGCGGAAAGUAGCCAGAUCUGACUCGUGAAGUUUACAGCACUCCUCUGGAACUGCCUACUUUCCGCACUUGUGAGACAAUGUACUGCCAUUUGUUCACGGUGGUUGGUGACAUUGGUGUUGUUUGGAAAACGAGGAUAUCGGGAGCUUGAUGUGAUAAUACUUAUGUGCCAAAUAGCGUUUUCGCGGACAGGAGGUCGAAUCGUAGACAGUCCUCCAUGUUCCGAGUCGCCUCGUUGGCUCGACGUGAAACUCGAAUCUUUUAUAUUGUGUCUCGACCGUUUUGUCACGCUGUUCAAAUUUUUUUAAAUUUAUGAUCAGUGCAAUUACGAAUACAAGGUACCUAAUAUAAUUUUACAAAUAGAGCCAGUAUCCUCGGUAUAGACCGAUGCUGCCCCUCCUGUCCCUAUUAAUACCCUUUUCCCGGUGGCAUCGUAGUCGCGCGCUCAAGGGCCUGCGGCUAGGAGAUAGCUUAAUGUUGAUAAUAAUUUAUUUUAUGUAUAUAAAGAAUUUGUACAAGACAGCGGGUCACGCGUAUCGAGAGCGACGGCCGCCGAUGCGCGUGUCAAUAUUAUACAAUAUUAAUGUACAGUGUAACUAUAUUAAUUGUGAUGUACCUACGUAGCUCUAUAUGUAAUUAAUCGAGUACAGAUGCGACUACAUUAGCCUACGUCACGUAAACUACGCAUACUAUUAUUGUCACUCCUGUAAUUCAUUAUCAUUAUCCCGUUUAUCAUUCAUUACCUACCACUCUUAUUGUUUAAGCAAUUUUACUAUUUUAUCACCCUUUACGGUAGUGGGCGAGAGAAACAAUCCAAUAUAGAAUUGUAUGUGUACGUGUGCGUGUACGAGCGUGUGAAAGAGAUAGAGCGAGAUUCGUGCCAGUUAAGUCGAUGUUGAUACUCAAAUUUCCUACUUUUGCCAUUCACCUAAUUAAUCAAAUCUCAUGAAGCAUUGAAAUGACUCUUUGUAUCCCGCUACGUUCUCCAGCCAGUUGUGACUUCCAAAGACCUGCACUCUCGAAGGGGUAUUAUUACUUUUAUCGCUACUAUACUUCGUACUCAGAAACAAGCGGGAACGUCGAAAGUUCGCCAAUCAGUUACUUCCCAAUAAGUGCCAUAUAACUUGCUUUUACAUGUCAUCGCCAUUGGAUAAGCGAAACAAACCUAGAAAAUGAACGAUGCCGCGCUCUCGCCUUUCAAACAAUUAAAAACUCUUCCUUUUAACUGAUUUUACGUCUUUUCUUGCUUUCCAAAAAACAUGUCUUUCCGCUUUUCGACUUUGGAAACACAUCACCUUUCACUGACUUUCGACGCUACCAGAGCGAAUGAAAAAAUGUAAGAAUAACAAAUUGUAAAAAUUGAAUAGACUACUAAUAUUAUAAUAUACCUAUCUAACGUUUCAAACAGAAAAGUAGACGCGCCUCACGCGUCAGCUAACAUUCAAUUUCAAUACUCCAAGCAUUCACUUCGUUUACAUGUAUGUUGUUGUUAAUGAUAAAGAAAUAUAUAAUAAAAAAAAAAGUAAUGCUUUACCGAAAUUCAAACUUAGUUGUAGAUGUACAACGUUAUUUAUAGAAUUCGUGUGAAUGCAAAAGUGUUUAAGGAAGCUGUACAUAGUUUAUUGAGUAAAUAGAAAGAGAUACCGAGAAUGAAUGCACCGAAUAUUCUCCGCAUUAUCAUUGCCGAACUUUAAAUAUUUUUUUCUGUAAUCUUUUCAACUGCCCUCAGAAAAAUAAGUUUCCAAAUUAAAUAUUGUAAUUUUUAGAAUUCCAAUGUGAUCAAUGUUUUCUCCUUCCGAAUAACAUUAGUUAAAUGUUCCACGAAAGGGAAUAAAUCAUUCAAAAUUAGAAUAUUUAUGUUGUUAAGAUAUGUUUUCUCAUUUAACUUUAAAAUGAUUUAAUCACAAAAUCGGCAAUAUAUGAUACUGACUUUCUAUUCUUCACUCUUCUUUACUUUGAUCUUAGCAAUAAAAACCUUUUUUUACUAGUUGGCAGCUAUUUAUACUAUUUUCACUAUGAUUACAACGAAAAUCCUUUUAUACGAUGGAUCGGUCCGAAACUUAUUUUGGGAAUG